CUCCCACUCAGUAAUCACCGUCGAUCGGGUUGUUGCUUCCACUCAGCCGUCCAAAAAGAUGCCGACUUGUCCCCGGCCGUGCACGCUGCUGACUUCGUUUGCAGGUAUCGGCGUGGCGGACAUUUGUUGGAUCAAACGGCUUAGAGAAGCAUGCAUCCAUCCUUUUCCUGUCAGGUAGGCAUGCAUGGGGAGAUGGAAAGCCGUUUGAAGCGUUCCCGGUGGGUAAUGGUUGCCACCAGAGUAAGAAACAGUAGCAGUUUCCUGCUUUCUUCUUCAUCCUUCUUCCCCCGUCUUAGUGAUCGAUUCAGCUUAUAAGAACCUUUCGUCCCCCAACAAACAUGGAUGUCCCAUUCGAUGUCCCAUUCGAUGUCUGGUUAAGUCGCGUCCGAAUGAAAGAAAAGGCCCACACACGACCAGCGAGAAGUACGCACUCCUCAUCAUCAUCAUCUCCUGCUUCUCGUACACCCUCAACUUCCUCAAGCGAUACCAUCCGAACUCCCACGUCCGACUCUGAAUCAACAGCACCAUCCUCUCUUCAUACCUUCAUCACUUCGAUGCCUCGGCCAAAGAUGGAACGCUUAUUAGAAUCUUCCGCAUCUGGAUCCGUUGGUGACUUCUACCAAGACCGUGACGACAAUCCCACGGCCAAGUCGACAUACCUCGUCCUCCACCAGCCCACCAACCUAGCGUUGACUCUGGUCGGCGGGAAGUUGACCCUCCACAAAGUCCCGGCCGUGGUGGGAGAGGACCACCCGCUCGCAGGCAAAUGCAGUUGGCACUGGCAAUGCGUCGAAACGGACGGCUGGCUCGGGUUCCGCAAUGCCGCGAGCGGGCGGUAUCUCGGACUUGAUGGCGGGAAGAAAGACCCCGACUCUGAGCAGCCCUCCGGCAUUUAUCGGGUCGUCAGCAUCAAACAUGGGGCGUCGGAGCGCUUGGUAUGCGUUAGGGCAGGGGAUGGAGAACACGAAGAGGGAUGUACGACACCGCAGCAGAAGAAGCGCGGAUACAUCCUGCGUUCUCUUUUUACUGCUGCGUCAUCGGCGACGGCGAGCGAAAUCUCGCGGCUUGUCAAAGCAUGGGUGAAGCCACAGGGCUCGGGCUCCGAUUCGGAAGAAGGCUGGAAGGAGGGAUCCGAGGUGUCCAUGGUUUGGCAGGAUGGACAGGAGGGGACGAUAUGGAGGUUCGUCAAAGUUUGACACCUAACGGAUUGUGUGCCACCAC